AUGCCACCCAUGAAAGGAAAAAAAGGGAAGAAGAAGAUGUACCCACCCGAGGUGGCUCGCUUCUUACAAACUCAUGAGUACAAAUGUAUCCGGGGUCUUCUCGAGUUGCCUGGGGGCAUUCCCUCCGUCCACCAGCCUUCGAUAGACGAAGAAACCCAAAAAUCUAUUGCCUCGCUCCUGUCUGUUCUUGGGCGAAUAGCAACAGCGAUAAAGUACACACCAGCUGGAUACCCUCCCGAAAUUGUUCAGAAUGCGCGUACUAUUCUGACGGGCAGCUGCAUGGUCCUUGUAAGCGGCCGUGCAAUCAUGUUGGACACCGACGAAGAGCUCCCGGCAGUCGCAAACCAGUUCCUCAUGGAUGUGGAUUUCAAUGUCAGCGGGAUAGUGAAGUGGAUUGAACAAGGCCUCAGCACGGACUUCUCAGCCAUGGGGCUUGUCGCUUUCGAAACGGAUCUGAGAGAGCGGUUCCGCGUAUUUGAUUCUGCGUGGGUUGAGUUCGAAGAACGGCUAUUAACAUCUGUCGAAACAGUCACAAAGGAGAUCUUCAAACCAAUCGAUUCAAUUGUGGAUCUCGAAGCCAAGCUGUCUUGUCUGGAGAAUGCGCAAGACUACGCGAACAGACUCGGAGUUGAGAAACAGUUCGUUUCGGCAGUAACUGAGUAUCCCACUACGGAUCUCACUAGUCCACAGUGCAAGCGUUCCACUGCCAACCGCUAA